AUGGAAGAACUACUACGAAAUUCACAAUGGAAUCCUACUAUGGAAUACACAACGGAAUAUCAUCUACUACGUAUUUCAUUCCAUUGUCACAUUUACGACGGAAUGAUCAUUUCCCUAGCAAACCCUCGCUACGAGGUUGUUUCGCCUCAAAACUCUUAUCCAAAACAAGCGGAAGAAGGUAGAUCUGGAGUGUCAAGAAACGAACCUCCUAAAGCCCCAUCAAAACCCAUUUUCAAGAAAGAACCUAAGGGCAAGGAAAAACUGAUUGGUGAAGAGCCUAUAAUUGAGAAUGACGGAGACGAAGAGCCUGAUGAAGCUGUGCUUAAAAGGAAGAAGGCUCGUGAUGCAGAGUUGAAUGAAAAUCAAUGUAUCGUCAAGGAGGCUGAGGAGAAAGAAAAGGACGAAAAUAAGCUUAGGCUACACUCAAAAGCAAAAUGCUCCUAUUUCCCAAAUCUUCCCAUUACUCCUAAGGCUUUCAAGCUUCGUGCUUUUGUGAAGGUUGUGAAUGCUCCUAUCACAGACAACGGUGCUGAUCACAUGUUGUUCUCCUUCUACUUGAAGCAUAUGAAGCCCCAACUAAUGAUCAAGUCCUACAUUCAAGAAGUUGGUGAGAUGGAUGUGGAUAUUGCCAUCGUUUUGAGCAAAAAUCCUAUUGUCGUUCCCAAGGAAGCUCUCAAAGACUUUGAAAUAGUAAAGCCAGGAAAGAUAUACAAUGAUGGAUGGUUCAUGGUGUAUCAGUCUAGAGAAAGAACUGGAGCUGACUUUCACAAGUCUUGCUUCUUUCAUGAUGACAAACAUUUAUACACUUCUUCUUGUCUGGAAUUUAUAUUGGACUUGAUUACCAAGUGCAAGGGCAACCAUAAGGAUGACAUCAAGUGUUCUUGGAUAUGA